CAGCCUUCACCUCAAUUAUCGCGAGAGUUUGCGGGAAGCGCCUGUCAUCCUUCAUGUUAUUUCGUUAGCUCCUCUGCUAAUGCUGUCUUCAGUUUCACGGAGGAGCGUUUAGUCGAGCUGAAGACAGUGCUACAUCAUGAGGAUUUCGUCCUCUGGUCUCCGUCUGGAUGGAGGAUGUGGUUCUUCACUAUCGGUCCGGAUCAGCAGAAGGACUCGGAUCUCUGUUGGAGACCUCAGAGAAGCUCCUGGAGCCGUUCCCCUGCAGGCCUCCUCCAGUCUUCACCUGCUGGUUCCCUGCUGCUGCCGACCGCCAUCGACCCAUCAGACCAGUAAAACCAGCUCCUGUCAUCACCUUCUCAGACGUCUCGCUCUCCAAACCUCCGCUGGAAAACCAAUCAGAGAGCAGAACAGCUGGCAUUGUUGCUGCAGAGACUCAGAAACCCAAAGGUGGCAUCUCAGAGGAGCAGACGUCUCCAGUCAGGCGGUCCUGGAGCGUCUUCAGACAGACAGAAGUUCUGCUGCAGAGCUCUGAGUCCAUGUCCAGACGUUUCCUCCACAUGGUGUCGGUGAACAAGCUGCACCUCCGGCAGAGAGCCAAGUGGGUCAUCAGGGAGCAGAACUUUGAGACCAGAGACAUCGAGCAGGUCUGGAGGACUCUGAUCCGGUCCGUCAGGAGCUCCAGUCUGCCAUCGUUUAACGCCAACAUCCAGCGGCAGCGAGCAGAGAUCUGGGUGUUCUGUGACGUUCUGAACGGAGAACAGGUGGGACGACACCUGAAGGAGCAGCUGCAGCUGAAGGGGAGGAUCAGUCUGUCGGUCCGUCGCCUAGGAAACGUCUUCAGCCUGUAAGAAGGAUAGAGGAAGGAUGGAGAUCUGUCAGCUGGUAAAGCUUCAUUCUGUCUCUGAGGGAGUCCUGGUGGUUCUCAGGAGCUUUGAUCUUAACCAGAGACUGAACUAUGACGACGGUUUAACAGUCACUUUAUUUAUGAGUCGACAGAAAAUAAGCCCUCAGUCAGAGUUACCAGGAAUGAAGGAGGUUUUGCCAUGGAGAUCUAGCUCCUCAGCAUCAGUUACCAUGGAGAUCUAACUCUGUAGCAUUAGUUAUCAUGGAGAUCUAACUCUACAUCAGUUACCAUGGAGAUCUAGCAGGUUCAACGUGAACCACCUUCCUGACUGUAAACUCUGACUUCAGCCUCUUCAUUCCUCUUUAACUCUCUCAUCUGGCUUCAUAGUAGCAGGAGUGGUUUUAUUUUAAUUUCUUUUUCUUUUUAAUUUAAACCGCCCUCUGCAGGAGUCGUUCAAUCAUCUAGAGACCCUCAGAUCUGACGGCUGCAGCAGAUAAAUGUCUGGAGACUCUGAACCUUAAAUAUGUCGUCACAGCUCAGACAUUUUAGAGAAAUUGACAGCGGAGGAAUUCAGAGUGAAUAAAAACUCUCCAGACUGAGACGAAAUGAAUUCACAGAACUCAGAUUUAAGCCUCAGUGAACACAUUUAAACAGACUGAAGAGGAAGCAGGAAUAUUAUUAUUUAUAUUAUUUUGUUUCUUUAUGACACCUGAUCACUACCAGGACUCGCCUGUAAACACACUGGAUGUGGGAAAUGAUCGGCAUUUUGUAAAAUCAUGUCAGUGUUUUGUACAAGAAUAUAUUUUAAAUACACUCUGUUCUGUUUACAUUUUAAUAUGAAUCCGUAUUUAAUGAAUCUGCUGAAUGUUUUUACUGCCGUCUGUUUAUGAAUUUGAAAUGGGAUGAUUGUUUUUCACGCCUGUGCUUUGAAUAAAUGUUUGUUUUUCAUUAUAA